AUGAGUGAAGCGGAAGUGAAGGUGAACGGAAAUGUGGGAUUGGUAAGUUCUGCUCUUGUUUUUAGUUUUUGGUUUAGGAUGCUUUGAAGACAGCUGCUAGAAAGCUUGAGGAAGCCGUCAAUGGAGAAAUUAUCAAGUCGGAGACUGCGGCUGAAGUUGUAGAUGCUUUGAAAAAGUGCCCAGGUUUGUAAAAGCUUUUUAUUUUUUGAUAUUCAUGUUUUAGAAGUUCCAGAACCGAUUAUUAAGGGGCUAGCGUUUGUUGUGGCUUCUAACGUUGCAAAUUCGAAGACUGUGUUAAAUGAUUAUGGCUCUAGGAUCUUAUCAGCGGUGUUAAGCAAGGAUUUCAACAAUGGACUUUCUUAUUUUUUAAAAAGUUUUUUGAAGGGGAUACCUUCGGUUCCGGUGUAUAACAAGUAAGCCUUAGUGUUUAGAUUUAACGUCUUUUAGUUAUGUGAACGGUCGAAACGAGUAUACGGUGAUUCGAUGGAUUGUCAGAGCUCUUUUGGAAAAGCCGAAGGCUGUGAAUCUAGACGACGAAAUAUUGUACAGUGCUGUAAGUUAUUUUAAAUUGAUAAUAAAACCAACUUUUAGCUGGUUACAAUCUCUACGAUAACAUACUGGUUGCCACAUAGGUUUCAUAGUUCUGUUGUUGCGUCAGUCGCAAAGCUGGUCAACAAGUACUCAAUUGACACCAUUUUACGCCUCUUAGAUUCUAAACUAUACGGUGAAAAAGACUCGUGGAAGAUUUAUGCAUGUUCUUCGCUUCUGGUGGCUACACUUAAGACUUCUGACAAAAAUUUGCCUGAAGUUUUACAAAACGUUUCCAAACUAUGGUUCAAGUCUUUUACUGUCGUGUUCUUGCAAGCUAAAAUUUAUCCGGGAGACAGACUGUACGAAUUAGCGAAUGGUUUUGAAGCGUUUUCUGUUUUGGAAUACACUAGUUUUGGAGCUGAACUUCAAAGUUCAUUGAAGAAGUUGUUCUUGAGGAUGGCUGAGGUGGCUGUACCUUUAUUCAGAGUUAUUGUAACUCACGAUUUUCCGUUGAACCAAGAGUUUGCUACCUUUGCUGGAGAAUUGUUGUCAGGUAUGUUUAACUGGUGGUUAAUGAGUUCAUUGUUUUAGAUGUUACAUCAUCAUCCAGUGAUAAGAUGCACGAAGACACAGCUGUGAUAACUUCGCGGCUGUGGUUAUAUAUGGAUCCAAAGAAGAGAAAUAAUGCCUUUGAAAAGUUCUUUGGUAAGAUUUUUCGAUUAAACCUUUAAGUUAAAGGUUGAAGAUUUGUAUUUAAAAGUGACAUGAUUUCAGGAAAGCAGAGCAAAACAAAAACUCGAAUGGAAUAUAUGACUUGUUUAAGGGAUGUUCUUAACUCUGGGUUACUGAAAAGCGACCAGUCGACCGAGUUUGCUAACUUUUUGAUUGGGUUCUUGGAGAAAGAGAUUGCUUCUUGCAGUAAGUUGUCUACUUAAUUUAAAUUUUUUUUAGAAGCUGACAACGUUCUUCAUACUUACAUGCAGGUGUUGAGUGCUGCUUUGGUUUAUUCACCAGAAUCUAAUCAGAAGGCCAUUGGCAUUUCUUCGAAACUGGUUAAAGCACCAUUGCCUAAUGGCCAAGCUGCUGCUGUGGGAGCAAAGAUUUUGACUACGGUUAAGAUACCUGAAGGAGAUUUUGUUCAAGCUUUGUUAACAGAAAAUAUUAACAAAACAUUGAGUUCUCCUGCUAUUUCUGCCGACUUUGUGUUUAAUACGACUUUGCUUUUGUUCUCAAAGUAUCAAGAAGGUGCAAAAUUGGAUGACUUGUUCUUGAAGGUGUUACAGCACGAUGUGUAUUUGAAGGAGCGUUUCCUACAUCAUUUGAGCUCUUUCUGUAUGUUUAUUAAAUAAUUAAAUUGUUCUUGUAGUAAGUUAUUUUUAACUGAUGUUUAAGUUUAGGUUUAAAAGACAGUACUAAGUUUGUAAAUGGGUUCUUCAAAUGUUUGGCCCUGUUGAAGACUCAGAAGCUUCCUGAACGUUCAGCUCUUCUAAGUUUUACAUAUUUGUUGUUACAUUGGAAACAUAAACGCUUUGCUCCAGUCAAUGCUAAUGAAUUGUUUGAUGCCGUGUCUUUGGAUAAAGUCUCGUGGGUACUUGAAGUACUGACGGAUGAGUUAAACGAGUUGGUGUUGCUUGAGGUAAACAGUUGGUUUUUGGAUUUAAUUGUUUUUAGACAUUGGCAAGAGUAUUGGAUGUUCACUACCCUAACAACAACUGGGAAAAGGAGGAUUUGUUGAAGGGCAGUAAGUUCUACCAUGCCGUAGCCACUACUGUGGACAGUGUUUUGAAUAAAGAAUCUUGUGACGAGGUUAAAGCGAAGUUUGUCUAUCAAUUACUCUUGUACCUCAACAACAACUGCCAUCGUAAUGAUCGUACGUUGGCUGAAUUUUCCGAAAAGGCUGUUGGAGGCGGAGAGUUACACAAAGUUUUGUUUAACUUGUUUGAGGAAAAACUGGCACUGCUAAUAAAAUACCCAAACUUGGACUGUCGCCAACGGACAAUUGAAUUUGUUAUGGGAUUGGAGACUGACAACUCUUUGUUCAGGAACUUUAUCUGGUCAAAGUGUGUUGCUUUAAGCAAGAAGUUGGAAUACAAGCAACUUUAUGAAGCUACCGAAAACGAAGCUGCUGUAUUCUUUACUCCAGAAGGCACUCUCUAUAACACUGCUGUAAUUGAUGAGUGAGUUUUUUUAAAACUAAAUCUUAAUUUAAUUAUUCAGGUAUUCUGAUGCUGCUUUGGACGGUAAACAGAACUUGAAGAAGGAGAACAAAGCUUACAAGUUCAAGGACCAGUUGGCCGAGAUAGAGCUGAGGAAGGAGUUGGCCGAGAAGAAUAAACGAGAAGGAAAGUUGACAGAUCGUCAGAAGCAAGCUGUUCAAAAAGAACUGUUGAAGGAAUCGGUAAGUGUUAUAUCUUUUUAAUAAACAAACACUUUUUAGGGUAUCAGAAAAGAAUUGAAAUCUGCUUUUGAUGCUUACAAAGAGUUUGCUGAUCUUCUACCAUGUGCCGUUAGAGCUGAUCCUAACGGAGCUUUGAGGAAUUACGAUCUUUACCAUGAUGUUGCGGUCUCAACACAACGCUCUUACUUGGUUAACAAGUUGGCGUUUAAAUGUAUUUCGACGUAUGCGGACGUCUUCUUUGGAAAAGCUACUGACUAUUUGAGUAAGUUAUUAUAAACAUACAUAUAUUUUGCUUUUAGAGGAACGUGCUUUGUCAUCGGUAUUGAGAUGUGUGAAGGCGGUUUCAUCAGUUGCGGAAUGGAAAUGGGAGCCUUUUAUUGAACAAAUAUCUAAAAUGACGAGUUCGAUGAGUAUGUUGUGCAUGAUGAACAACUUCUUGGAUGACGAAAAUGCGAUCGAUGCGUUGGAGCAGCUACAAGAAGAAGAAGACAAUGAAGAUUUCUUUAAUGAAGGGUUGACUCUCGGAAAGUUGGCUUUUGUGUUGCCAGUGUUUGAACGAGUUUUCACCGAUGAUAAGAUAGACGACAGGCUGCGAAGAGAAGUUACCGCGUUUCUCAAAUCUGCAUUUUCGAUUGACUUCUUGACUGUAAGUGCUAAUCUUGUGGCAGUUAUUGUUUUUAGGUGGAAGAAAGGUCAUGGGCGCCUUUGAAUGUACUUAAUAAGCUUCUGCUGGAUGUGUUGACCAACGUCAAAACUCGGGAUUACUUUUCGGAUAUAUUCAACCUUCUGAAAGACGGUUUAAAGGAGCUGAACGAAAACAGUUUGGAUUCAAUUGACACGGCCAAGUUUGUAUCUGCCUUGAUUGGACAUUUGAGAAACUUGAAUGAAUACGUUCGGGAACACAUUGCCUUGUUAUUGGUAGUGGGGAAGAACAUACUGGUCGUAAACUUUAUAGAAAAGGACGAUUUUGAACAUAUCGUGCCUCUUUUGGUAUCUUCAAAGGAAACUCACACUGCAACGGCUGAGGUCAUGCAAUACUUGUGUCAAGAAUUGGACCUUAGUGUUGAUCAAAAUGUAGGUUUGGAAGACAUAAUCUUCAUAAUCACAGAGUACAUUCUUAUUUUAUACGUUUUAGCAUCACGAUUUCUUGGUUAAUGAACUAAAAUAUCCAUCUGAAUUUUGGCAACAGGGAGCGUCUGAAUGCAUCAAGGAAGUGUUUUCAUCGAAGAGCAUCAAAUUGUGUAGUCAGUUAUACAAUGAGUUACUGGAUGUGAGUUUGUUACUUUGUGUAUUACUUGUUUAGAUAAUACCUGCUGUUCAUGACAAUGUUGGACGUGUGCUUCAACCUGAGAAAGAUCCAUGGGACAGUCGACGAGGCUUGGCCUUGUUGUUCAAGGACAUUGCUGAAAGCGAAGCUUAUGACUUUAAACUGUUCGACGAGAUGUUCUCGUUCUUGGUACCUGCUGGAGUAUCUGACAGACAUCCAAUUGUGCGAAAAAUGAUGUACGAGUCAGCGGCUGUUAUUAUUUCACAUGUAAGUUUAUACAAUUUAUUUUAUUUUCAUGUGAAUAUGACAAUUAUUUAAUGAUAUAUGUUCAGAAUGGUGCGAAGAAGGUUGAUUUUGUGUUGCCUUUGUUGGAGAAGUUGUUGGCUGGUGUUCCUGAUACAGAAGAGGGAGACGUUCUGAGAAAUGGGUUGAUUUGUUUGAUGGGAACGUUGGCGAGAUACCUUGAGCCAUGUUCACCUAAAAUGACAGCCAUCUUCAGGAAGCUGGUUGAAGCUUUGUCUACUCCAUCUAGACAAGUACAAGAGUCUGUAUCUCUUUGUUUGCCUCCUUUAGCCAAACCAAUGGGAGACGAGGCAAUCGAAGAACUGAAUCGGCUGUUACGAUACCUACCACAGACCAAGAACUUUGCUGAACGGUGUGGCUUUGCAUUUGGAGUAGCUGGGUUGACGAAAGGACUGGGUUUAGUGAGCCUAAAGAACGUUCGGUUCAUUGAAGUGAUCUCGGAGAUGUUUGAAGCAAAGGAGUCUAACAUCAGGGAAUCUGCAUGCAUAUUGUUCAUGACAAUGAGCUUGUAAGUCAAUAUAAAGACUAUUAAUUCUAUUAUUCUUUUAGUGUCCAUGGAAAGUCGUUUGAUCCUUACAUUGCGAAGAUUUUGAAUUUCUUGAUUGGGGCGUUUGGAGAUUCAUCUGAAGCUGUUAGGUCUGCUGCUCGUGAAGCUGGUGCUACCAUGAUGGCUAAUGUAACUCCUGCUGGAGUCAAGGUAUUCUUACCUCAGAUUUUGAGUGGUUUAGAACAAGAAGCAUGGAGAACGAAGUGUGCUAGUGCUGACUUCUUGGGAAGCAUCUCUAACUGUGCUCCUCGGCAACUCUCUGAAUCUCUACCAAAAGUUGUUCCGCGUCUGGCUACAUUGAUGACGGAUUCUCACGCCAAAGUCAGGGGAUCUGGAGUAGCUGCAUUGAGACAGAUUUCUACCGUCAUCACGAAUCCUGAAAUCUUGGCUAUUAGUUCUCACAUGAUUGCGGCAUUUGUGGAGCCAGCCAAAGAAACUACUCGAGCUCUUCAAACAAUCGUGAACACAAAGUUUGUUCACUUCAUCGAUCCUCCGGCUCUGGCUUUGAUGAUGCCUAUUCUGAAGCGUGCUUUGUUGGACAGAGAAGCUGAUGGAAGAAAGAUGGCUGCUAACGUGGUGACGAAUGUAUUCUCGAUUGCUGAUGAAAAGGUAAUAUAUAUGGGUUAUGGUGUGUUGAUGUAGUUUUAUAUUUUGUUAAUUAAAUAUUUUCAGGAUAUUGCUCCUUAUAUGGACAUGCUUAUUCCCAAUUUAAAGCACUCUCUUCUCGACCCGGCGCCAGAAGUCAGAAGUGCGGCUGCUCAAGCUAUUGGUGCUGUUGUCAGACACAAUACUACGGGUCUCUUCACAAGCUACACAACAGACCUGCUACCGUGGUUGAAGGAGCACAUGAUGUCACGAUCUUCAAUGGUGGAUCGUCUUGGAGCUGCUCAAGGUUUGGCUGAAGUUAUUCCUGCCUUCAGAAACGGUGUGGAGACUAUCAUGGAUCAUGCUAUUACAUUUACUGAAGACGUCAACAACGAAGCUUCUAUGAGAGAUGGUUAUAUCAGGUUGUUCACGUAUCUUCCAUCGACGAUGGGCGAAAGCUUUGUACCGUACAUCGAGCGUGUCAUUCCAUCUAUUCUCUCUGCACUGUCAGAUGAGACCGAGUAUCUUAGACAGUCAGCUUUACAUGCUGGGCAGAUCUUGAUUAAGACUUAUUGUUCACAGGCUAAGAAGCUUUUGUUACCAUCGUUGCUCGAAGGAGUUAUGAACGAAAAUUGGCGUAUUAGACACGCCGCUGUUACUCUCAUUGGAGACUUCUUGUUCAACAUUUCUGGUAUUAGCAGUAAGAUGACGUCAGACACGGCUACAGAAGACGACACCUUUGGUAUGGAAUCGGUUAACAAAACUAUUGUCAAGUACGUCGGCCAGAAAUCGAGAGAUAAGAUCAUUGUGUCACUGUACAUUGCGAGAUUCGAUUGUGCUGUUCAAGUUAGGCAAGCUGCAUCUCAUGUAUGGAAGUUGGUUGUGCCUAACACUCCAAGGACCGUCAAAGAAAGUCUUCCGGCUUUGUACUCUCUUAUUGUCUACUGUUUGGCUACUUCCACUGAGGACAGAAGAAUUGUAAGUUUGAACUCAAGGUUAUUAAUGAACUCUUUCAGAUGGGCCAAGAGUGCUUGUCAGAAGUUGUUCGUAAAAUGGGUGAUCGUAUAAUGGAAUUACUGGUCGAAGAAGUCAAGAAGAGUUUUGACUCUACUGAAGAUUUUAUGCGAAGAGGUUCGGCGGAUGCUCUCACAAUCAUCAUUAACUGUGCCAACUCGGAGGCUGUCGAAGAACACACCAAGACUAUCAUUACCGUAUUCAAGAGCGCUUUGUUGGACAACGAUUCUUCAGUUAGACAAUCUGGAGCUGAUGCAUUUGCUGCUUUCUACAACGUAAGUAGGGUUACUUUGCUUUAUAUAAUCUACACUUUUGUUUUCUGUUUUGUCGCUUAUCAAACCUUUUAUAGAAGGCAGGUCUUGUGGCGAUGGAGGAGAUCGUGGAGCCUUUGUUCAAGGAAUACUCGUCUACACAAAACGAAGGUGUUUUAGAUGGAAUUGUUGCUAUCCUCUCAGCCAACAGGAAAGGUCGUGUUCUGACUGUGCCAUCUUUGGUGAACCGAGUACUCAAGUUCCCAAGGAGGGCUCACGUACUGGCAAGGUUAACUGAAGUAGCUUCUGAUACCAUUGAACGAAGUUUGGUGGAAAUCUUGACCUCGUUGUUGAAGGAGCCUUCAGAUGACAGUCCGAUGGUGUACUUCAACGAUUGUGCUCGAAUUGUGAAGUGUGCUCGUUCUGUGUUUUCGAGUACAACUGUUUCCAAAUUCUUGAGUCAAUACGUUAUCGAGAACAAUGAAUUGGCUGCUAAGUUGUUUGGGGAACUGGUCAAGUCUACAGACGUGGAUUACCUUGACGAAGUAAUGGCGAUAUUUAUCGAUGGUAUUAUGGGGAUGUAUAUUUCCACUGAGAAGGCUAUAAACAUGGCUGGAGUGACUACUUUGGCAGUUUUGGUUGCAAACUUGGGUUCUCGAGAUGUAUUAAAUAUACCGUACGACUUGUCCUUGUACUUAAAAAUGGCAGAAAAGGAAGGCAGAAAGUUAGAGUUUCGCGGAUUGGCACAACCUGGUGGGUGGAAGCCAUUCAUUGAUGUCAUUGGCGUUGCUUCUCGUUCCGGAACGUUGGAACAACGUGAUAUGGCUAUUAAGGUGGUAGCGGAGUUGAUGGACGUCAGUCCUCCAGAAGUUCUCAAACCGGUAGCCCCGUUGGCAGUGGGCACGUUGUUAAGGUUGUUGGCUGAUCAUUGUCCGCCUGUUUUGAAGUUGAAUUCAAUUAGGAUGGUGCACAUCUUGGUUGUAAAGGUAAGUCGUGAUCGUAAUUUUUAUUCAGUAUAGGUUGACGUGUUGUUAAACUUUUUAACAACUCUUGUUCCAGGUACCACUAUUGAUGAAAAACUUUGGUCCUCAACUUCUUGGUUUCAUCCUUCGUAUAAUUCAAGAAUCAGCUGAAGAUUCUGGUUCGGACAUUGAUUUCCUUAGGAAAACGGCGGCCGACGCUGGCUCAGAAAUCUUGAAGAAUCAUCCUAGACAAGAAGUUGCUCUGCUUGACACUUUCAAGACAAUGACCAAUGUUGACGCUGUGAUUCAGUAAGUGACGUUUUUUUAUAGAUUGAGUUAUGAUUUUAUCAUGUUUAAUAUUAUUUAUAUAGGCCAGUGUUCUUGGACUCCAUGAUUAGUGCUGUUUCAUCGAUUGGACCAGCUGUCAGUGACGUCGUCGUAAGCACGGUAGACGAAUUUGUGAAUGAAUAUCUUGAAACUGGAGAUGACAAUGAGAACAUUGAUCCAAUAUUUAUCGAAAAACUUUCUCAUUUGUACGCCGCCUUGAAGAAGGCCAAGUCAGACGAAGAUAUCGUGUUUCCAGGAUCAGGAAAGUCAGACGUCGAAGGACAGUUCUGGAGUGAUGCUAAGAAGUAUUUGAAGAGUUAA